AUGAGUUCCUUCCAGAGAGAGAGUGAGCCUCUACUGCGGAGCCCUCCAACCAAAGUUAUAACAUUCGAGCCCAACGACCCAGACGACCCGCGGAACUGGUCGAAAGCGCGAAAAUGGCUGAUGGUCGCUGCUAUUGUUCCGAUAGACCUCAGUGUCUCCUGGGGAGCAAGUGGCUUUAGUCCUGCUGCGAGCGAUUUCGCGAAAGACAUGGGCGUCUCACCGAGUGUCGCGGUUCUGGGAUUAAGCAUGUAUGUCCUUGGGUUGGCUUUUGGGCCUAUGACCUUGGCUCCUCUUUCGGAGUACUUUGGAAGGAGACCUGUUUAUAUCGUUUCUUACGGCAUCUUUCUCUUACUCCUUUUGGGAACGACAUACGUAGAAACAUUAGGUCCAUUCCUAGUCCUGCGCCUGUUCUCAGGCUACUUUUCAUCUACGACGAUCUCGAAUUUUGGAGGCACCAUCGCAGAUCUCUUCCACCAUCAUGACACCGGGCCAGCCAUGUCAUGGUUUCUUUGGGCGGCAACAGGUGGCAGUCCUACUGGAUUCGUUCUUUUCUCAUUCAUCGCAAAAGGUAGAUCAUGGCAUGCUGUAUUUAGGAUCAUGUUCUUCAUCUGCUUGGGCUUCUGGUUUGUUAUGGUCUUUGCAUUAUACAGUCUUGGAGAGACUAGACAUAGCGUCAUUCUCUUACGAAGAGCAAACGCGUUACGCCUGCAGACAGGGGACGAGGAGCUGGAAGUGCCAGAUGAGAUGAAGCAGCGAGGACCAAAGCAGUUGUUCGGCACAGCGCUCGCACGCCCAUUCCGCUUCCUGGGAUCUGAGGCUAUCGUGCAGUUUGGUGCACUUUACAACGGAUUCCUCUACGGCCUGAGCUUCCUUUUCAACGGCGCAUUCCACAUGAUUUUCGGUCCGAAUGGAUACGGCUUUGAUACCAUCGGCGUCGGUAUCUCUUUCCUAGGGAUAGUUGUAGGCAUCACGUUUGGCUUGAUCACGAACAUCUUUCAAGAACGGUACUACCAACGACAAGUCUCCCAGGCUGGCCAUCGUGACGUCCCUGAGGCGCGAGUGUACCACGCGAAGCUGGCAGCUAUCGUAUUACCGAUUUCCCUUUUGGCCUUCGCACUCACCGCAACGCCGAACAUACAUCCGUUCUUUGCAGUGCUCGCUAGUGCGUUUUGGGGAUGGUCAUUCUAUACCCUGAUCCUCAUGACCCUUACUUACACUGAAGAUGCGUAUAAAACGUACUCAGCAUCAGCACUUGCUGGUAUCGGACUCAUCCGUAACCUUGCUGGCGCUGGAUUCCCACUGGUCGGAAGACAUUUGUUUCUGAACGUAGGCACCAGGAACGCAAGCCUUGUGCUGAUGGCAAUUGCAAUUUUUUUAGCGCCCAUACCAUUCUUUCUUGAAAGGAGGGGCGUGUCAUUACGCAAGAGAAGCCCAUGGGCGGCCGCGCAUGAAGACGAGGACGAAAAUGAUCAGGAAUAA